AUGGCUUCGUCGACGGAAGGUCUUGUAGCCCCAGCAAAAUUCACUGCUAGCCUAGGGGCCGACAACGAACGUGAAUGGAAGUCUUUUAAGCAACAGUUCGAGAUUUAUUUACUUGCUUCUGAGGAGGACAAUAAACCUGAAGAGACUAAGGUGGCCCUACUUUUAAACAUUGGAGGUGAAGAACUUCUACAGAUUUACAACUCUUUCGAAGUUUCCAGUCCCAUCAACCGAUUGAAAAUUCUUGUGAAGGACUGCAACUAUGGUAACCAACGAGACAAGCAGCUGAGGGACCAAGUGGUGUUUGGAUGUACUGAGGACAAACUUCGUCAGAAGUUAUUUGAAGUUGAAGACCUUACCCUUGAGAAGACAUUGGAUUUGUGUGUGGCCUUUCAAGCAAGCAAAAGGCAGAUGGACGUCAUCAAGUCUACUCCUCGCCAGACCAAUGACAGUGUGGCCAAAGUGAGAGAAAAGCCUAGAAGGGAGAAGACUACUGGUAGCAGACACGACGCAGACCAUGAUGGUAGGCCUAGGCAUGAAAAUAAUGAAGGUAGGCCUAAGUCCAGUAGACCCAGUAUUCCUACAAAUAAGUUGCGCCCUUGCAAAUUUUGUGGGGAAAAACAUGAAUGGCGUAAGGAAAAGUGUCCAGCUCAUGGUAAGAAAUGUACAAAAUGUGGUAAAUAUAAUCAUUAUGCUGUUAAAUGUAAAAGUAGGAAAAUAAAUUAUGUAUCAGGUAAUGACAAUGACUUUGAUGUGAGUAGUUCAGAUGAAUCUGAAUGUGAAUAUUUGUUUAAAGUGUCUAGUAAAAAGGAUAAGCUAAUUGAAGCUGAUUUUGAAGUUAAUGGUAAAAUAAUCAAAUUUCAAGUAGAUUGUGGAGCUAGCGUAAAUGUAAUUCCUCAAUAUUUAAUUCCUAAUGUCAAUUUAAAGCCUUGUGACACUACCCCAGAAGUGUGGACUUUAGACACAGUUAGACCUAAGGGAAAAAGUGCAGUUAAUUAUGAAAAUAUUUCUGCAACUAAAGAUGUACUUGAUAAAUAUGACAAUGUAUUUAAUACUGAUGUGGGUACAUUCCAAAAUGUUGUUAGAUUAACCAUUGACACAAAUGCAGAACCAGUAGUGAUUCCUAAAUGCAGAGUUCCAUUAACCUUAAAAACAGAGUGGCUCAGACUACCAUUCGGUUUAAAUGUUAGUGGUGAGAUUUUCCAAAAACAGUUACUCUUGAAUCUUGAGAAUCUUGAUGGUGUUGUAUGUAUUGCUGAUGAUGUUAUAAUUUAUGGUGUAGGUGAAACGUAUGAGGAAGCUGUUAAAGACCAUGAUAGUAAGAUAAUCAAAUUUUUGGAAAGGUGCCAGGCUAAGGGUAUAAAACUUAAUAAGUCUAAGGCCGUAUUAAGAAAAUCUGAAAUCGCUUUCUUAGGUCAUAAAAUCACAAGUAAAGGUCUCAUGCCGGACCCUAAAAAGGUGGAAGCUAUCCUGAAUAUGAAACCACCUACUGAUGUAACUGGUGUUAAAGAGUUUACAGGUAUGGUUAAUUACUUAAGUAAAUUCCUUCCUAAUUUAUCUGAGGUGUUAGAACCAAUAAGAAAAUUAACUCGUCAAAAUACCGAAUGGAAUUGGACAGAAAAACAAGAAAAAGCUUUCAUUGAGUCAAAAAGGCUAAUCACUAAUGCCCCAAUACUGCAGUACUAUGACCCAAACUUAGACCUUGUCAUACAGUGUGACGCUUCGCAAAAUGGGCUAGGUUCAGUAUUGUUACAAUGUGGUAAACCAAUUGCUUUUGCUAGCUGUGCUUUAUCAGAAACCGAAAAAAGGUACGCACAAAUUGAAAAGGAAACACUUGCUAUUGUUUUUAGUCUUAGAAAAUUUCAUGAGUAUGUCUAUGGUCGUAAAAUAAUUGUUGAGAGUGAUCACAAACCUAUUGCUAGUAUUGUUUUGAAACCCUUGUGUAAUGCUCCCAAGCGACUGCAAGGAAUGUUGCUUAACAUUCUACAGUAUGAUGUUGAAAUCAUACAUAAAAUAGGUAAGGAAAUAUAUGUGGCUGAUGCACUCUCAAGAUCUUAUUUGCCAUUAGAUAAUUAUAAAGACGUAUUUCGAUACUAUCAUGCAAACAAGAGCUAA